CGCUCAUCCAUCCCCGUAUUUCGUUGUGAACACGCGAACAGAACGGAUCUGUUUUUCAUUGGUGAUUCGAUAAAUAUAUUUAAUUAACAAUCUGUUUUUUUUUUUAAAUCACUCCCUGGGAAUUUUCACCAGAUACACGUCCUGAUUCACUGCAUCCAACAUCAUAUCCUGAAUCAUGGCGCCGAAUCUCUUUGGCAGUUCGGCGACCCUCUUCCUGGAGGCAUCGCAGAGUGCCGAAGCUAAUAAAUCAACGACAGAAUUAAAAACAGUUUCAACAACACCAUUAGACAAAUCAACCAAACAAUCAAAAUACAAAUGGCGAAUUGUCUGGAGAAAUGUGAUAGCCUUCGUCUACCUGCACGUAGCUGCACUCUACGGCAGCUACCUGCUGUUCUUCAAAGCCAACAUCCUAACCUUCAUCUUCUUCUUCACAGUGGGAACAGCUUCAGCAGUUGGAAUAACAGGUGGUGCCCACCGACUCUGGGCCCACAGAUCAUACAAAGCUAAAUUACCAAUGAGAAUUCUCCUCAUGGUAUUCCAAACCCUCGCCUUCCAGAAUCACAUCUACGAGUGGGUGAGAGAUCACCGAGUCCACCACAAAUUUACAGACACAGAUGCCGAUCCCCACAACGCUAAAAGAGGCUUUUUCUUCUCGCACAUGGGGUGGUUGCUAGUUCGCAAACACCCAGACGUCAUCAACAAGGGAAAAACCGUGGAUAUGAGCGAUCUCGAUGCUGAUCCAGUGGUAGUAUGGCAGAGACGACUCUACCUACUCCUCAUGCCCCUCAUAUGUUUUCUCAUUCCCACCUGGAUACCAAUUCACUUCUGGAAUGAAAGACCAAUGUACGCAUGGUACAUAACAGUAUUCAGAUACACCAUGUCCCUGAAUCUCACAUGGCUAGUCAAUUCAGCAGCCCACAUAUGGGGCACAAAACCAUACGACAAAUCCAUAAGCCCAACCGACAAUUUCAAGAUAGCACUUGGUGCAUUUGGCGAAGGCUGGCACAAUUAUCACCACGUGUUUCCCUGGGAUUACAAAGCAGCCGAGCUUGGUGAUUACCGUGGCAAUUUUACGACAGGUUUCAUUGAUUUUUUCGCAUCAAUUGGACAGGCAUACGACCUCAAGACCGUACCAAUCUCCAUGAUUGAAAAACGUGCUGCUAGAACUGGCGAUGGUACGCGUGUAAAACAGGAUAAUGAUCACGAGCAUUCACACGAGGGGGCAAUAUGGGGAUGGGGUGACGCUGACAUGUCACCCGAGGAGAUACAAGACGUGGAGAUAAGCAACAAGUGUGACUAAAUUAUUAUCAAUAAUUAACUCGAGUGAAAUGACUAUUUAAUCGCGUUUGACUGAUUUUUCAUCGGCCACAAUAUCCACCUAGUUUUCCCUAUGCUCCACACAAUUUUAUGAAAAUUUCAGUCACAAACGGGCGUGAUUAUUAACGAGACUUUGUGGUGAUAUUUCAAUUAUUCAAUUUUAUAUGACGCGACUAAAACAAAUAGAAUAAUAUACGUGACAGAAAAAAAAAAGAGGAGAAAAUACGCGUUCGAUUGCUUGAAAGUUAAGUCUUCCGUUUACACGUAAAGAUAUAUCAUUUCGCAUGUAUGAUUCAUUAUUUUUUAUACAAUGCAUUGUGGAUGGGGGCAAACGCUGUCAGAAUAUUGACAAAACAGCACAAGACUAAGAGGAAAAUAUUAAUGAAACAAAUAGUAUCAAUCGGUAUGGCUGAGAGCUCAGCUCACACUCUUCCCCCUUUUUUUUUUCCAAGAUUUUAUUUUGUAAGAUUGGAAUAUUGUAGAAUUUUUCUUCACCUCUGACUCGGGUCUCAGAGGAUUGAAAAAAAUAAAACAAAAAAAAAAAAAAACCAUAGACAAUAACAAUUUAGAAUGGCCUAAUCAUCCACAUUUGUUCUCCCGCACAUUACCAACCGUUUUAUCUUAAUAUUUACAUUGUAUUUAUGAAUAAAUUAUUAUUACGAUCAAUA